CCCCGCUCCGCUCCGCUCUCGGCUUUGCCGCGCCGCCGGCUGGGACCGCCUGUCACUCAGCCGCCCCGAAGAUGGCUGCUGCCCUGCGAAGGUUGCUGAAGCCCUCGGUAGCGCGAACAGCUCCCUUGUCCUGGGGGGCCUGUGCGGCUGCCCUGCGGCCCCCUGUUCCUGCUGCUGCCGCCGCCGCCGGCGGGAGGAAAUGCACGGCUCAGGCAGAACUGCCCCUUCCUCGGCUCCAUUUCAGCACCAGUUCUUCCAGGUUUGUUCCUGCCGUUACCCAGCAUGCCCCAUAUUUUAAAGGAACAGCUGUUGUCAAUGGAGAGUUCAAAGAAUUGAGCCUAGAUGACUUUAAGGGAAAAUAUCUGGUACUUUUCUUCUACCCUUUAGAUUUCACUUUUGUAUGCCCAACAGAAAUUGUGGCUUUCAGUGACAAAGCUAAUGAAUUUCAUGAUGUGAACUGUGAGGUCGUUGCUGUAUCUGUGGAUUCUCACUUUUGUCAUCUGGCCUGGACAAAGACACCACGAAAGAGUGGUGGCUUGGGCCAUAUGAAUAUCCCGCUUCUGUCAGACCUGACAAAACAAAUCUCCCGAGAUUAUGGUGUGCUGUUAGAAGGACCUGGUCUAGCACUAAGGUAG